UAGUGCAGGAAAACACCUAGCACUGUGUAUAUAUAUAACAUGAGAAGAAAGAUCAGACUUACAAAAUACGUGAAAAACGUCCACAAUAGACUAAUAUUCAUCCAUCAAAAUUUGAUUAUUCGCAGGAGGUCUGGACACUAUGCAGAAUCUUCAAACGAGUCACACAUAAGAGAAACCCAACGACCACACAACCAAACCGUAAACCAGUUAUCACCUUAACCGAUUCAUGUUCUAAGUCGAGCAGCUUAGACUCCGAUAACACCAGUCACCGAGUAGUAGAUUCCUUGUCCCACAAGCUACACGAGACACAGACGGAGAAUCCUUAUUGGAACCAACUUACUACGGUUGGUUUCAAUCAGCCGACAUAUACUUGUAACGAUAACAACUUCAUGAGUUUCUUGAACAUCGACGGUGGAGAUUUUAUUGGAGACUCAGCAAGUUGGGAUGAACUUAGGUCUGUUAUAGAUGGAAACACCAAACACUAAUACUAAUUUUCUCUUUUUUUUUUGAGCUUUGUAUAAAGAAUAAAGCAAACUCAUUGCUUUUGUUUUGUAAGAUAAUAAUAUAUGUAUAACACUACUCAAGUAUCUUGCUGCUGACCACCAGACCAGUGCACCACUAUUGUGUCUAUAGUAAUGGUACGCUGUUACUUCUUAGUCUUGACUUGAUGUUAUUGUAGCUAUUAUGUAAUUUGGCAGCGUAAUUUCAUGUUUAAAAUAUUAUUACUGAUCUCUCUCUCUCUGUUAAGGAAGAUACUUGUUAUGAAUCAUCUGUUGAGAAGUAGGUUGCCAGAGUUUUUGUUGGCAAAGUAAUUUGUUAAUUAUUAAUCACAAUUUUGAUGACUACUUAACCAUCUCCUACUCUUCACAGUCAUUCUUUUUGUGUCUCUACCAUAUUAUAAUUCACCAUAAUCUACUUACUUAACACCCAUAAACUCCUCACAUAAUCUCAGUUGAAAUCUAUAACAUUUUUGCUAACAAUGGCUGGAGGUACAGCUUUGACUCCAACCUCUGUAGGAUCUAAGUCACUACUUCCAUUGAGGAACCAAGAAACAGCAGAGAAAUUCAACAACAACAACAACAACAACAACAACAACAACAACAACAACAACAACAACAACCUGAAAGCAUUACCCAAAGCCGUCCAGCCGGUUUCAUCAAUUGAAGGAGGGAUGGUUAAGAGGCCAAGAGGUAGACCAGCUGGCUCCAAGAACAAACCAAAACCACCAAUCAUUGUGACUCAGGACAGUCCAAACUCCCUCAGAGCUCAUGCCGUUGAGAUCAGCUCAGGUAAUGACAUCUGUGAGGCUUUAUCAGAUUUUGCAAGAAGGAAACAGAGAGGACUCUGCAUACUCAGUGCCAAUGGUUGCGUCACUAACGUGACACUAAGGCAGCCAGCUUCAUCAGGAGCUAUUGUGACAUUACACGGACGUUUCGAGAUCCUCUCAUUGCUAGGAUCAGUCUUGCCUCCACCAGCACCGCUUGGGAUCACUGGUUUCACCAUUUACUUAGCCGGGCAUCAAGGACAGGUUGUUGGUGGAGGAGUGGUUGGUGGGCUAAUAGCAUCUGGUCCUGUUGUUAUCAUGGCUGCAUCCUUCAUGAACGCUGUGUUUGAUCGUCUUCCGCUGGAUGAUGAUGAAGCUGCUUCCAUGCAGCAGAACCAGCAGUACUACCAGAACGGAAGAGCCCGUCCUUUAGAUGGCAUUCAUGGAUUACCUCAAAACCUGCUCACUAAUGGGAACUCAGGUUCUGAUAUAUACCAUUGGGGGCCUACGCAGCGUGUCAUGUCCAAGCCUUAGUAUUGUUAAUGAAAUUAGAGGGAGAACCAUAAGUUAACUGAAACUAAUCUUCCUCUCCUCUGUAGUUUGUGUACCUGCAACAUUACAAAGAAGAAACUAAAACAAAGAUAAGUAAUUGUUGAUAAAUUUAAGCAGCAUCCUCUAGUUUAAUACAAAGAAAUAUUACUGUGUUUU